AUGACGUGUAGAUUGACAUCACGCCUCGGCUGGCCGGUCCGUCGCGAAGGCUCUCAGGGCGUAUGCGAUAUGGCGCUCACGUCUGAAUGGGACUCUUCCCGGCUACUCAGCAGUAUCGGCGAGGAGGACGAAGCUGAUCUCGAGUUCAAACCGAAUAGAGAUUCUGUCGUGUUCUGUAUCGACCUGACAUCGUCUAUGCUUCACGCACCUUCGUCGGAUGAACCAUGCGCGCUCACCCAAGCUCUCAGAGCGAUCUAUAAUCUCAUGAAGCGAAAGAUUAUUGGCUCACCCGCCGAUCAUGUUGGCAUCCUCCUCUUCAACGCAAAGAAGCGCAGCACUAUUGAGGAACCUGUCAAGUCCAUCUACACAGACGUAGUCGUCUUGCAGGAUGUCGGACAGCUCGACGCGCCUGCAAUCAAGACGCUAAAGAAGCUCUUUGAGGACGUCGAGAAUGAUCCCGACUAUUACAGCAAAACCUACAAAAGUACGAGAGAGGCUCAACAAAGCUCGUCUUUGUCUCGCUGCUUGAAUGCUGCGCGUCAGAUCCUGGCAGAGCGAUCGCCGAAGGGGUCUUACAAACGCAUCUUUCUCGUAACAGACGAUGACGAUCCCUUCCCUUCGAGCGCUCCGGGCCACGCUCAGCUCAGGCUCGCCUGCGAAACUCAUCUGAAGGAUGCUGCCGAAAUGGGUUAUGAGCUCUUGCCCUGCUUUAUCGACACCGGAAGCGGCUUCGAUGUCGACAAAUUCUAUGCUGAUCCGCUGAGCAAGUAUUAUCCCAACGAAGCCAUCCCGGAUCUUGCCCAGUCAGGCAUAGCCCGUCUAGAGCGUCUAGAAGCGCACAUGCGCGUCAGGGAAGCGCCGAAGCGCGUCGUGUUUACCAUCGACUUGAUCCUCUUCAAUGACUUUGCUAUUGGCGUCAACGGAUAUACCCUCUGUGCCGAGGAACAUAAGAGGCCGCCCACAAAUAUCGACGGCAGGUCGCAAGAUGGAGCAGAAGUCCAGCCUCGGACAAACUAUACCGAUAUCGAUACCGGGCGAACAAUCACAGAUCCUGCAGAACAGCUACAGCACUACUACACGCUCGGGACUACUAUGGGUCGAGGCUCGUUUGCAGCCGCUGGUACCGAUGAUCGAGACGACGGCGACUAUCUGGAAGCAAGGGCCGACGUGUCGACGAGUCUGCCAACACGAGCGCCGCCACAAAGAAAGAUUGUCCUGACUGACGACGAGAUCGAUCGAGUCAGAACGUGCGGCAUGAAGCCAUCUUUGCGCAUGUUAGGAUUCAAGCCCCGCAGAGAAUUGCUGCCAGAGCACCACCGAGGCCAUGCUUACUUUAUCUUUCCCACUGAUGCGAAAAUACUUGGCAGCAAACGCACUUUUCUUGCGCUCAUACGCAGCAUGUGCAAAAAGGACGUUGUCGGCUAUGCUUGCUUUAUGCCACGCGCCAACAGCGUACCUGUGAUCGCGGCUCUUUUGCCCCAGCUUGAGCAGCUUGACGAAUACGGAAGACAGAGCAAGCCAGCAGGCAUGCACGUCAUACAGCUGCCAUAUGCAGACGACAUUCGGUCGAUCAAUCUGACAGCGACGCGACAAGCCAUCGCUGACCCUGAUGCGGAAGAACAGCCGGCAAUCGAUGCAGCGUUCGAGAUCAUCAGGAAGAUGAAUAUCAAGGCUUACUUUCCGGACAAUUUCCCAAAUCCUGCGCUCAAUCAUCAUUACAAUUGUCUGGCCGCAACGGCACUCGAUGAAGAAUGGCCCGAAGUGGAUGACAGGACUCUGCCCGCUUACCAGGUUAUCGACAGCAGAUUCGGCGAGCACCUUAAGAAGCUGAAGCGUAUUGUCGAAGAGCACCCGGAGGCGCUGAAGCCUGCUCUCGUUAAGCCCGGCGCCAAACGCAAGCUGACCUAUGACGAGAUCAAUAAAGGCCAGACGAUCAUCGAUGCAUACGAAGGUGGCAAGCUACAGAAGCUUACCAAAGAUCAACUGAUCGCCUUUCUUGAGCAUUACGAUCAGGACACAAAAGGCAACAAAGGUCCUCUACUGGAGCGCACAGAGGCAGUCUUGGAAGCAGAGGGCCUUAUCAAGCCAGCAAAGAAGCGCAAGACUAGAUGAGUCUCGGAGAUGAUGUAAUCAUUGUUGUUGCAAAGACGAACGCAAAGGCCAUCCGGAAAGCAGCUUGCAAUGGGACAUCGCAGUACAUCAAGCGACUUCGUUCAGGCCUCACAAGUACAUCCGGCUGCGACAUCACGUCAUGACCUACUCGCGCUGGAAGAAGAAUUCUUGUUGUAGCGCAGCCGGCAGUUGCUCGAUCAAUUCGACUUGGGUAGACGAGACUGUACGCUGCGAGCCUGGCUGGCCCGAGGGAGUCAUACGAGCGUGUGGACAAGGAUUGACGGGACACUUGUAGCGAUAGGUGAGCAAAAGUGCAGGCGCAUCGACGCGCUUGAACGUUCUCACCGGGUUCCAAUCUGCGUCUCUGAUUAGACUCAAGGAAGCACUCGUCGGCGAGGCGAGAACGCACGAUGUGGACGCAGCGCGGCGCCGCAUUUACACUUGAGCAGGUCCUUCUCGACCAGGAGAUGUGGCAG